GUCCAAUCCCAGAUUUAUAUUAAAGUAAUUAUUUAAUCCAUAAAUUAUUCGCUUGGGUAAUAUGUAAUUAACUUUGUAUGUUUUUAGAGAAUUUUCAUCUCAUCUCAAACAAGCAUUUUACGUAUUCAUUAUUUUGUCGCAUUAUGGAAAAUAAUAUACUCAUAAUGUUAACGAAAUAUGCAAAGACCGUUUUGUUAUUAAUUCAUUUGCAACGUUUAGAUAUAUUCUUUUGAUAAGAUAACCUUUGGACUUAAAGUACAGAUGUGUGUUUCAAGCGCCGUACAAUUAUUCGUUUUGUUGCUUUCUAUAGUUACCUCAUACAUUUUUAUAAUGAACAGUGAAUCAGAAAUUCCAAUGGCGAAAAAUGGCAUGCUAUUUGUAUCUACUGCCGCAAAGGCUCAUAGUGUAUGUCAAAAAGCAUCCAAAUAUGUUCAGAAUAUGUUGUAUAUAAAAAUUAAAGGAAACAAUCAUAAUACAUUACCAGUGUUAAGUAGAGAGAUAGUGGAAUUAUAUACUAAGGCUACAUCACAAUGUAGCAACUUGGAUGUAAGAUUGAUGAUAAAAUUGACAGAAAAAGGGAACACCAUAAAGACUAAAUAUCCUAUUGAUAUUCUUAUAUAUGAUAGUGAUCUGUCAAAAGAUAUAGAUGAUUUGAAAACAUCAAUAACCACACUUGGUCCAGAAUACAGAUUACAAAGUAUUGAUCUCAAAGAUUCUAUCUAUCAAAGUGAUUGUGAUGAUUUGGUGAAGACCUAUGAGUAUGUGGCAUUGGGUGGCACAUUUGAUCGUCUUCACAACGGACAUAAAAUACUUUUAUCACAAGCUGUACUGAGAUCAACCAAGCAUGUCCUUGUAGGAGUUACUGAUGUAAAUAUGAUUCAGUCGAAAAAAUUGUGGGAACUUAUAGAACCUGUAGAAAAGAGGAUGGAAGCUGUAUUGAAUUUUUUGACUGACAUAAAUCCUGAUCUGGAGUACAAUGUGUUCCCGUUACAAGAUUUAUAUGGACCUACUAAGGAUGAUCCUAAAAUUCAGAUGAUAGUGGUCAGCGAGGAAACUCAUAGAGGUGCAGUGAAAAUUAAUGAGAAGAGGGCAGAGAAUGGACUGAAACCAUUAGAUACCCACGUGAUCAGUCUUGCUCAAGACGCACAACCGCUUAAGCACGAUGAAGAAGAAAAGAAAGUGAGCUCCAGCAACCAGAGGAUGAGGUUACUGGGCACUCUUUUAAGACCUCCUGUGCCAAACCUCAACAUUCCUGACUGGCCAUAUGUAAUAGGUUUAGCAGGUGGCAUUGCCAGUGGAAAAAGUAAUAUUGCAGAAAAAUUAAAAAAAAAAGGCGCUGGUUUGGUGAAUUGCGACAUAAUUGCCCAUGAGCUAUACAGACCGGGCUUGGCGCUGAAUAGUACACUGACUGAGGCGUUCGGCGAACACAUACUCACCGAUAACGGAGAGAUCGACCGUAGGAUUCUAGGCCAAAUCGUAUUUAGUGAUAAGGGUCAAUUGGAGAAGUUGAACAGCCUAGUGUGGCCCGCUGUGAUAAACGAGGCUGAAAGGCAAGUUCGCGAAUUGGGGGUUCAAGGACACAGGGUGGUAGUGAUAGAAGCAGCUGUGAUGGUGCGUGCCAGGUGGUACACCAGGUGCCAUCAGCUGUGGGCCGUCAUCAUCCCACCCGGAGAGGCUAUAAAAAGGCUCGCGAAACGCAACAACCUUACCGAAGAGGAAGCAAGACAGCGUAUAGAAGCUCAACCUUCAAACGUAGAACAAGUUGCACUCGCGAACAUAGUGUUCAGCCCAUACUGGAGUUACGAGUACACGCAAGCACAAAUAGACCGCGCUUGGGAUCAUUUACAGGACUAUUUGAAUACCAGGAAGUAA